ACGAAUCCUUCUCUGUGGACGACACAUUGGCAAAAUGGCAGCGCGGGGUGUGGUGCUCUUUGAAGGCGAAGCACCGCGGGAGUCGAACCCACCGGUGUCCAGCAGUAACACCGUCGCCACGAACCUCAACCAGAACCCUACGACCGGUGGCGUCCGCCGUCCGCCGCCACCGGGUGAAAUCUUUCACGUGCGCGGCAAUUUGCUUUCCAAGCAGUCGGACGAGCGCUUCACGCCCGUCAUCUCCGAGUACGAAGGGUUCGUCGACGAUGACGCCUUUGAGACCGACGACUCGAUGCUAGAGCCACCUCCGAGAAAGACCAAGGUGCGCCCGUAUGUCCUUAGCUCGCUAGCCAUCAUCGUCGCUGCCGGCAUCGGUAUCGGUCUUGGGCUUCUUCUAGCGACGCUCGAUCUCUCGUCCGACGCUAUUGCUUGGGUGGCGCUGCCCGGCGAGCUCUUUGUUCGAGCGCUGCGCUGCGUCAUGGUGCCCGCUGUCUUCUCAGCCAUGGCCGUCGCUGUCGCCGAGAUCGUCGUGCUCAAGAAGGCCUCGAUUCUCUCAUGGCGCACUGGGUGCACCUUUUUUCUGACGACGUUUCUGGCGGUCAUCCAGGGCAUGAUUGUUGCUGCCAUUUUCCACACUGUUGUGCGCAAUCACAUGCCGGCAACGGGGCUUCUCGCAACCACGUCGCUCGCAUUGGAGUUCGAGUGCGCCAACGGCAAGUACUUUGUAUCGACGAAUACAAACGAGCUCGCGUGCGUCGCGUCCGACACGUCGUCGCCAUCGACGCGAUUUGUCGCGGGCGACGUCAACCACGUAUUGGCCGUCAACACGACGCUGCGCAGCUUAUCGUUGACACAAGAGGUCAUCUCCAUCAUCAAUCUCUUGGUGCCGCAAAACAUCUUUGCCGCGCUCGCCAAUGGCUCGCUACUGAGCAUCAUCACGUUUGCACUUCCACUCGGAUUUGCCAUUGCCAAGUCGCAUACUGGGCUACCAGAACACAACGCGAUGCUGCUCGUGCUUCGACAAACGCGCAACGCGAUGCUCAUCAUGCUGCAGGUGAUUUUGAAAGCGACGCCCGUCGCUGUCGCUUUUUUGCUCAUGAGCGCGAUCGUGACAUACGACAACUUGACCAACACGGUUGUGACCAACGGCGGGUACCUCCUCGCGGCGUUCUUAGGCGGUGUUGGCGUGCACGUGUUUCUUGUGAUGCCCCUCGUGCUCUUUCUUGCCACACGCACGCAGCCGUUUCGCUACAUCCAACAGCUGCUUCCGGUCUACGUCUUUGCGUUUGGGUGCGCGUCGUCGUUGGCGGCGCUUCCAGUCGCGGUCACAGCCAUGGCCCAGACACGCCAGGUUUCGCGGUCGUUUGCUCAAGUCGUCAUGUGCCUCGGGACGCCCGUCAACAUGAAUGCCGCGGGCUUGUACCACCCGGUCAUGGCUGUCUUCUUGGCGACCACCAUUGGCAGAGAUCUCGACACGCCGCAGUGGGUCGUCCUCUUCUUCGUGUCGCUUCUGAGCUCCAUGGGCACAGCGCCUGUCCCGAACGCCGGUCUUGUCAUGCUCAUGACGGUCUGGAAGACGGUGUUUCCCGACGAUGCGGUGCCGCAAGCUUUUGUGUUCCUGGUCGCGAUCGACUUCAUCUUGGACCGCGUCCAAACUGUGGUCAACGUUAACGGCAACAUGAUCGUGACGCGCAUACUGGCGGACCGCUACGACGACCAAACCAGCGGGCACACGGACGAAGAACACUGGGACUAAGAAAUCAUAUUUGACAUCCUUAG